GGUAACAUGGCGUUGUGGAACAAAGUGAAGUCAGGAUUUGAUACAGAAGAAGAAACUGUAAAUUUUGGAACAAGGACAAUAGCAGAAAGUAAUGGCUCAUUAUACGAAACUUCUACUAUUGCUACAAUACAAUCUGACGGAAAGGUAACAGAAGAGCCAAAUGUUUUAGCAUCUGUGCAAUAUUCAAGAGUUUGUGUAGCAAUUGAUAAAUCCAUUACUAUAUUUGAAAAUGAAACAUGUGAGGAAAUAUUAUUAAGUGUCAGUUUUGGCUUAUUAAUAACAUGUUAUUGCGUUUCUCAUGAUGGUGUAUUUUUGUUUGUUAUAUUGUCAAAUGGAAUGUUAUAUUGUCUUCACUUAUUAAAUAAGGGACAAAUAAUAUUUUCUAAAAAUAUUACAAAGAAUGAAGAUACAAUAAUAACAAUAUUUUUACAAAAUGAAUCUGAUGAAUGUAUUAACAUAUAUCUUAUUGCAAAAAGUGGAGCUAUUUACAGAAUAUCAAAAUUUAAUAUUAAACUUAUUCAGUCUGCUAUUAUAACUGAAACUGAUGACACAUUUAAUGACACAUUAAAAAAACUAACUCAGCAAGUUACAUGUGUGCAAUUGUUUAAAGGAUUUUCUUACAAUGAGGUAGUAUAUGCUACUGUAGGUAUGAUAAAUAAAGGAGUCUCAAUAGCUAUGUUAUCUUCAAAUAUGUUAUUUAUGUGGCCUAGUGAACAAUAUAAUAAUUUUAAUACAUUGAAUUAUACCAAAGUAAAGUUUUUUAGAAAUUACAUUGCAAUGCUAGGUUUACGUAUAGACCACACAUUAUGUUUGAUAUGUCCACAAACUUUACUUAGUGUAAAAAUGUUCUUUAAAUCUGUAUUAGAUUUUAUUAUAAUUGAAAAUAAUGAUAAUAGUUUAUGUCAAAUUCUUGUGUUGACAACAUCUGGUAAUAUUUGUACUACAUAUACUCUACAUGUUCUUUCAUUUCCAGAUUUUCAAGAAAAAUUUCAGAUAAAUGUUCCAAUUAUAACAUCCCUUGUUGAAAUUAUGGAUCCUUGUGAUGAAAUAAUUUUAUAUCUGGAAGGAAUUAAUAAUCUUAACAGUGGUACUAAAUAUAUAGAUACAAUCAGAGUUAAAAUUAUAUCAGAAAGUAUUCCUGAAUAUCAGUUACAACGCUUGUUAAGGAGAGAACAGUUUGAUGAAGCUGAAGCUUUUGCAAAAAAAUUUGAUUUAUGUACAGAACCUAUUUAUUGUGCAAAAGCAGCAUUGCUAUUGUCACAAUUUGGACCUUGGGCAAAAGAAAGAUCUGGCUCUUCUACUCAAUUAGAUAUGCUUCUUAGUAUACUUGAUAAAAUAGAGAAUGUGCAAUAUAUAGUAGAAUGUUGUAGCAAAGCACUUAUACCUGAUUAUAAACAAAUGAGGAAAGUUCAUUUAUAUGCACAUUCAAGAAUAACAGAAAACAUUGCUCGGACAAAUUUUAUGGAGGAAUAUAAAACAUAUUUGAGUUUGGGAGAAAUGGAAGCAGCUACAUUAAUUUGGACAAGACAUCUUCCAGAUAUAAUAAAACAUGUAUCUGUAGAAACUAUAAAGGAUAUAUUUGCAGUUCUUCCAGAGAAAAUAGCUCCAUUUACCCUUUGGCCAUGGUUAUCACAUUUUAUACCCACUGUGUUAUCUUUUAUCCCUAAUGCAAUGCAUGAAAUUAUUCUCUGGAGUUGUAAAAAAGUUAAAUCAUUUGAACAAUUUUAUAACUCUGAAUGGCCCCAAAUUGGGAUUGACUUUACAAACAAAUUUAUAAAAUUAUUGAAAUUUGAAGAAAGUCAUCAAUCUUUAUAUUUUCAUCAAGAAUGUCUAAACAAAGAUUCCAAUUUGAAACAACUUCUUUUUUUGAUGCAAGCUAUGUCUGAUAUUCAAAACCUGAAAGUUAAUUACAGAUUGACAAUGUUUCUUGAUUCUUAUAUUGGGGAUCCUAUGGAAGUAUCAUAUGUAUUGCUGGAUAAAAUACAUGUAGAUAUAAUUCCAAAUUUUGUGAAUACAUUUUUAAAUCAGUAUAUGUUAAAUAAUUCCCUUCAAAAUGAUUAUGUUCUUUCUACUUAUAUACAGAAAACUAUGAGAAAUUCUAAAAGUUGGUGGUCUGGUGAAGAAGCUCCAUGGGAGAUAAGAGUAGUUGCUAUUAUAGAUUUAAUACAGAAUAUAGAGACCAAAUUACAGCAAAUAUUAGAGGUAUUAAAGAAAGCUACAGUUCCAUGGAGUUCAAGUAUUAUAACUCUUGCAGAAAGAAGUAGUAAUUUUGAUCAUAGUUUAACAUCUCAGAUUAGAAUAGAAUAUAAUUAUGUUCCAAUAAAACUUGUAUUAAAAAAAUACGGAUAUGAACGUACUGGUAUAAAUAAUAAAUUAAUACAUCGCAUAAUAAGGAAAAAUUAUGACAGCAUGAUUUCAGAUAUUCAACAAAUAACGAAAAAUGACUUAUUAUUGAGAAGAAAAGCAUUUUCAUCCUGUAUAAAUUACUAUUUGUCUAGAGGGAAUUUUGAAAGUGUAAUGAAGAUAUUAAACUGCUUAGAAGAUGAAGUGUUGUUAUAUUGUUGUCUACAAAUUGUCAACUAUACAACAGCUAGCUUAUCAUUAAAGACUAUACCUGCAUCCCUUAUACAUUAUUCUGAGAUGUUGGGUUGGGUGAAAUUACAAUUGGAAAAACUUUCAGAAAAAUGUAAAAUGCAAUCACAUUACUGCAAAAAUGUUAUUAAUAGUAUAAAUGAAAUAACAUCAAUGUAUCAUUUAAAAAAAAUAUUUCAACUUAAUGUUACAUUUAGAAAAUACCAAAUUGAAAAGAAGCAAGUAUUACAGAAUUAUAUUGAAAAAUUGUACAAUGAGGAUAUGAAAGGAGAUGAAAAUUUAUUUAUCAUAUAUAAAAAAGUUAUUAAAGUUGCAGAUUUACUUAAAUUACAAAGAAUUGAUGCUAUAUCUUUAUUAUUAGAAUGGACAAAAAAUAUGGAUUUGUUAAAUUAUUUCGUUAGAUGUGAUGAAGGACAAUUAAAUUUAAUGACAGAUGAAUGUCAGUAUGUAUAUAAAAUAUGCUUGUUAAUAUUACAACAUGCUAAAAUUGAUGCAGAUAUUGCAGUUAUAAUUCAGAACUUAUGUUCUUCUGCAUUAUGUGUAUGUUUAGAUGAUGAAUUGCAGUCUAUGUUAUUAUUAUAUUCUUGGGUAAAUUUGUAUCAGGAAUGCUCUAAUAAAAAUCUUAAAUAUGGCUGUAGUACAGUGGGCUUUUCAAAACAUGAUGAAAUACCAAGAACAAAUUGGAAAUUAUAUACAAUAUAUAAAGAUUUAGCUAUUGCAGCAGAUCAAUUUUUACUACCAUUAUUUAGAAAUGCAAUAUUUAUGCAACAGUUUCAAAAUUGCAAUUGGGUAAUUAGUAAAUAUUUAUGUAAUAUAUAAUGUAAUUCUUUACAUUUUGUUUAUUAAUAUGGAGUAAAUAGUAUUAUAAUAUUCUAGUCAAAUAUAAAACAACCUUUGGAGGAAUUUUUUGAUAAGAUGAAGAAAGUGGAACAUAACGAUUAUUGUUUGUUGCAAAUCAUUAAAACUUUGUAUUUCAAUUCUUGUGUUAUGCCAGAUAUAAAUAAUACGCUAUUAAUAAAAAUUAAAUCGGUAUAUUUUCAUCUUUUAAUAACACUAUUAAAAAAAAUAAUUAGUACUCGAACAUUUGAUCUUCAGCUUAGUUUAUCUUGCUUGUUCAUGUUAUCUGAUUCAGAAGCAUGUAAAUGGAUUUCUAUUUCGAGCAAGUCAUUUCAGCUAGAUUGCACUCGGCAUUUUAGAAUAACAAUGCUUGGAUGUGAAUAUUUUCAUUUAAUAAAAAAUGAAACACUUUUGAAAAUUUUUGAAAGUAACAAAGCAUUGCACUUUUGGGCACAAAAGUUAUCUAAGUAUUCAGUCUCUUAUAAAGAAAUCUUAACAAGUGAUACUACAACUAAAAGAGAAAUAUUACAACGUACUAUGAAUUAUAAUGAUGACAUGGUUUCCUUGUUUCAAGAGUUUUGCUUAGAUUUCGGUUUUGAUAUUCAAGAUUGUCUAUUGCUUUAUUUAAAAACAGUAGUAAUAACAUGGAAUCCCAAAUUAAAUAUAAAUAAUCUUAAUGGUAAAAAAGAAUUACAUAUUGAUGAAGAUGAAGUAAAUGAAUUAAGGAGAAAGUGCAAUGUUAUUACUGCUCAUAUUGUGGACAAAAUUGCCUUAAAGAACUGUAUUACAACUGUUUUCCCACAAGUAAGAAAAUAUUAAAACUAUAUGAACAAAUAUAUAUUUAAUUAUUAUUCUAAACGUAAAUAUUGUAAUUGUUUUAGUCAACCGACACAAAUAGAAUGUGAUGAGUGGACGCAUCUCCAUCCAGGAUAUACAUCUUUACCGCCUAUAGCAGAAUGGCGUUUGCCUUUUUUACCUAAAGUCGAAUUGUGGAAACUGAUAAAUAUAUAUUUUUUUUUAGCUCCUGAAUUAAAUCUAAAAACUUAUGAAAAAUGGCUAGAUAUUGCCCCCAUUCUUAAAAUACAACCUCAUAUCAUAUGUACAUUAGCCAUAAAAGGAGAAAUAUUGCGUGCUUGGGGAAAUAAACAUAAAACUGAUAAAUGGUCUCUUUGUUCAAAAAAUAGUAGUUUGCUAAGUGAUAUAAAAAAAUGUAUAGAACGAAUGACUGGUCCAGAUGCAUUAUAUUAUGGCACAGCAGCAUUAUAUUAUGUUGUGAAUCAUACACCACCAGGUGCUGAUCAAGUGGCAGCAGUUGAAGAAUGUUACAAAUAUGCUCAACUAUCAGCUCAGGAAUCUACGUUUGAAGAGGGAAUGCUACAGAAAAUAAAAUUUAAAUAUUUGCGUUUUACAUCAGAACAUAUUUUAUAUACACACGGAUUAGGAAAUAAAGAUUAUUUAUCGUUUAUUGAAAAUCCGUAUAAAUUAGUCCGUGAAUUAUAUGCAGAUGAAAGCAUACCGCAAAGGUAUCGAUGUGUCACUGAUCAUAGGCCUGAUAUAAAUUCUGCAGUUAAUUCUAUUAGUCUGUUAUUUUCUAUUAACGUAGUAAAACUACGAAUGGAAUUAUUACAAGAAUGGUUACAGCCAGAUAUUAAAUAUGUAAAGUUUAAUCAUAGUGUAACAGAAACACUUUCAGUCACGACAAAUUCGGAACUAAAUUUAAAUUAUGAUGAUAACUUAUUAAGAGCAUGCUACAUUAUGGAACAUGGAAAUGUUGAAUUAUCAGCAAACUUUCUCAUAAACAUGGGUUUUGGGGAUACAAAUGAAGAUUAUAGUCCUGAAGUACGGUAUAGAGCUCUUCACGUAUUACAAAGUAUUAUUGAUACUGCUAAAUUAGAAGAUCUAACUAAACGUGAUUAUCAAACGAUCAGUAACUAUAUGAAAUCUCUGAAAUACAUAGGAAAACUAGAACUGUUAGGAAUAGGCUACAGUAUAAAUACAUUUGAAACAUGUUCUAAACUUGAACUUAUACAAAUUUUAUGGAAAACACAAAGUUAUUCAUCACAAGCACUUAUUAUUAUUGCACAACUUUGCAUCGAUUUUGAGAUACAUGAAUAUUCACUAUGGGAUCAAAAUUUAACUAAAUUAGCUAAAUUAUUAAUGGUCAAUGAAUUGAAAAAAAUUUUACCGCAAGUACGAAAUAUAAGUAUCAUUGUAAAUUCCAAUGGAUAUCUAUUAGGGUGGGAAGUAAUAAUUCUAGAACCUUUUAGAAAAAUGGAUAUAUAUCCGACUUCUGAACAAAUCGAUAAUUGUAUUGAAGCUUUACACUUUUUAUAUUCUUGUCCUGUUGUACACAUGCUGAAUUUCUAUGACAUCAUAAAGUAUUGUUUUGAGUGCCAGCAACCUCAUUUAGCACUUGCAUUUUUACCUUUUUAGUUAAUUUUUUAUUAGAAAAUGAAACAUAUCUCUAAUAUCUCGAAUAUAUUGGAAAAUUUAAAUAACUUAUUCUUAAAUGGAAUCCUUUGCAUAGCUUAUUGUACCAAAGUUAUACAAAGUACACAAGCACAGAUCAGCUCCUAA